GAGACAACCCAAUAUUUCGCAUUCAACCGGAAAGCGAUUCCCAAACCCAAAUCAUUCACUCCCUCUUGUAAACCCUCCAACCCCAUUCCGAUUACAAAUACGAACAGAGGAUCGAAACGAUUUUCCAUACUCGAACUCAUUUUCCUGAUUUUGAAUCGCUUAUUUUUUUUUUCGACAAUUUUCUCCGCGAAGUUUGAACCCCAUCUUGUACUACACCAUUCACCAUGGCGAUUGACGCCUCCCCUGCAUUCCAAACCGUCACUCAACCCCACGACUUCCGGCCAGAAAUAUCAGCAUCCCCCUCCUCCGCCCAUGACGGCCUAGAGUUCUGGCAGUUCAUGAUUGCCGGCUCCAUAGCGGGCCUAGUUGAGCACAUGGCUAUGUUCCCAGUUGACACGCUCAAAACCCGCAUGCAGAUUUUUGGCGGGUCCUGUUCCGUUCAACCUAUUGGCGUUAGACGGGCCCUUGGCUCGAUUCUGAAGCUCGAAGGCCCCGCAGGGCUCUACCGCGGCAUCGGCGCAAUGGGGCUCGGAGCAGGACCUGCCCAUGCAGUUUAUUUCUCAGUGUACGAGAUAUUCAAGGAGUAUUUCUCACGUGGGAAUCCGAACAGCCCAGUGGCACACGCGGUUUCCGGGGUGUUUGCGACCGUUGCAAGCGACGCGGUGAUCACACCGAUGGACGUGGUGAAGCAGCGGCUGCAGCUGCAGAGCAGUCCGUACAAGGGAGUUGCGGAUUGUGUGAGGAGGGUGUUGGUGGAAGAAGGGGUUGGAGCUUUUUACAAGUCGUACAGGACGACUGUUGUGAUGAAUGCCCCGUUUACUGCCGUCCAUUUCGCUACGUAUGAGGCAGCGAAGCGAGGGCUGAUGGAGGUGUCGCCGGAGAGCGCGACUGACGAGAGGCUGGUGGUUCAUGCCACUGCAGGUGCGGCUGCUGGGGCUUUGGCGGCGGCUGUGACCACCCCGCUUGAUGUUGUAAAAACUCAAUUGCAGUGUCAGGGGGUUUGCGGGUGCGAUAGAUUUUCGAGUAACUCGAUAGGGGAUGUUAUUCGAAGCCUGGUGAUGAAGGAUGGGUACCGCAGUCUUAUGCGAGGUUGGAUUCCGAGGAUGCUCUUCCACGCCCCGGCUGCAGCAAUUUGCUGGUCCACUUAUGAAGCAUCAAAAACUUUCUUUCAAGAACUCAAUGGCAGCGACAGUUCCAGGACUUGAUCAAGGAAGAUGGAUCUGCAGAAACCUUGAUCUGGAUUCUCACACACUAGAGCAGCAGCUUUGGAGGUGUUACUUAUGCACAUAAUCGACUCGGUUGAAAGCCCUUGUUGGUGUAAAUGACUAAUAAAUUCACCGGGAAUUCCCAACUUCUAGUUUAGUAGAAGGGAAAAUUUGUGAACUGUCAUAUGAACUUGUACCCAUUUUUCAAUUUGUAAUACCAACUUUCCGAAAUCAUCAAUUUGUCAUCUCACCAUAAAUGUUAAAUUUUUCAUCAAAAAUAAGUCA